GCUGUCGGUCUUCUUCGGUGAGCUGGAGACAGGUGGCGACGUCAAGAUUUUCUUCGUCGAUAACGUGCGGCAGCAAGGCGUUGAGAGUCGUAGCGUUACUGCCGUAAACGAGUUGUUGCGAACUGUGGAGGCCAAGGCCACUGUCAGGUGAUUGAAUCCGGUAGGCGCUGUCUCCUCAGCCCAAACGACUGAAGAAUUAAAAUGGAAUUUGUGCAUCAUUUGGUAAUUGUCACUCUCUUGAUCUGUGAAGCGUUUGCCGCCAAUUACUGUGCCCAUCAAAAUGAGGAAUUUUACUACUGCAAAUCUAAAGGCGAGAAGUAUCCACAGCUGUGCCCGCAAUUACACGACACGUGUGGCAGUAUAGGAGAACAAAUAUGCGUCUGUAAAGAAGGCUACUUUCGGUGGGACUUUUGGGAACCUUGCGUUACGUGGAGAGAAUGCGUCUUGCCCACUGCAAGCAGCUAUGAGGUACUAGAAGGCAGUGAGACAUUGUUCCUAACGAAGGCGUCUGGGACUGUAUUCACAAAUCUCGUGAGGUGCUUCAAAUCGUCCUUAAUUUUUAAAUCGUGGGCUGUAUGGGUCCGCACAGUGGAAUUCCAACAGAGGACUGGAACACUAUCACAUGCAGAGACUGACUCGUCUGAGGGACGGACUGAGGACAUGCUGCCGCCAGCCACCAAAGAGGAGACAGCACUAGGAAAUGAUGAUGCCUCUCUGAAUGCGAGCCGUACUUACGACGAGAUGGAGCCGUGCAUUUGGUGUUCGGCACUUCGUCCUUCAGAAGCGCCUAUUGAGACUGAGCCGAAGAGCAUUGAUGGGAGCAUUAAUUCCCGUAGCUUGGUCCAGACCGGGCUUGAAACGGUACCUUGGUUCAUGCGGCAGUCGGUGAAGCCGAGAAGCAGCUUGACUGCAAUAAAAACAACGUUCACACCGUGGGAGAAAAAGAGACAUCUACUUUAUUUGAGCGUGGGUCGUUUAAAUGGAAGGUCCGUCAUCCAAAUAAAUAACACCAAACCUGAAAGCCUUCAUGCCGACUUUGAGCCGGAGUACGAUAUUUUGCACGCGAAUGCGAACUGCCUCAUUAUUGGGAAAAAUCCGCCACCAGGACAAAUGACAGACUGCUUUUACUGGACAACUCGAAGCAGGAGUAGACAGAACAAUUAUGAGUGCAAUUUCAUUUUGCAAAACUACUGUAAGUUCCCGAUUGAUGUCCCAUAUGAUGACAGUGAAUGUAGGUAGCUGUAUGACGUGUCAAUAAAUGCGUGGCAACAGCUGCACAG